CGUACCUGGCACACUCGGUGCUGGAGCUACUGAAGGUAAGACAGACCCUUUCAACAACCUACAUACUCACAAGAACAGCCAUGUCUACCUACAAGGAGAGAGGGGUCAUGUUUCCAAGUGAUGUUGUGCCACGUUCUAACCUGGAACUCCUAAAAACCUUUGACAUCAGAGACGACGACAUCAUGUUGAUCACCUAUCCCAAAGCUGGCACUUGGUGGCUCCAUCAAGUAGUGAAACAGAUUCUGUCCGAACAGGGAGCUACAUGUACGGCUGAGACCUUUUUGGGAAACAUGCCCAAUCUUAUCGAGUUCACCGUACCUGGGAAAGGGCCUCUGGCGGAAUUGAUCAAAGCUGCACCUUCUCCUCGAGUGCUGGCGACGCACGUCCCAGUGGAAUUCCUCCCGCCUGGUUUGCUCGGUUCCAAUGCGAAGAUAGUCGUCUUGAUGAGAAAUCCCAAGGACACCGCGGUCUCCAUGUUCCAUUUCUCGCAAAAAGUUCCUGAACUACCGACGCCUGAAUCCUGGGAUAGCUUUGCUCAACAGUUUCUUGCUGGUGACUGUCCAUGGGGGCCUUUCUACGACCACGUCCUGGGGUACUGGAAGCUUAAGGACCAGCACAACAUUCUCUUCCUGAAGUAUGAGGAUAUGAAGAAGGACCUGCCGGCGGAAGUGAAGAAGCUCUCCUCCUUCCUGGGAAAGCCGCUGACCGACGAGACAGUACAGACAGUGGUCGGUGCGACCCAGUUCGACUCCAUGAAAAAGAAUUUGGGAGAAACAAAAAUGGCCGUUGGACUGAAGGGAGGUUUAUGGACAAGGAAGGGAGUCGUCGGAGACUGGAAGAACAACUUCAGUGACGACCAGAGCCGAGCUUAUGAUGAGCAGUACCGUGAGAGGCUGUCCAACACCGGGCUGGAAUUUCAAUUUGAGUAAUCAGUUAACAGCGAAAUAUAUAUGUUAAGUUCAUUUUAAGAAGAUGUGAAAGAACAAAAAUGAAGAAUCUAUUCUUCAGUAUACAAACUUUGACUUCACAUGAAACUUCAUCUGUGUUGGUAGAAGUCAUUCUUAAAAAUUUGGGUGAGUCCAAUUUUGGUGAUUGAAAUUACAGUUCGACUUUUUCAAGAAAACUUUGACUUCAUAAAUAAUGAAAGCAACAUUGUUGGCCCAACCUUUUUUCCUCAUCAGUGUUGGGGUUCCCAUAGGAUGUCAUCCAUGUAAUCGAAUCAACAUGGCCUAAGUCGUCUGGCAUCAAUUCUAUAAUGAUGGAUCAAUUAAAUUAACCAGUUUUUAGUGUUGCCAUGGCAUUGGGUUGGAUGCAUGCAUAUCUUUACAGAAUUCAGAAAUUUCAGUUAAAAAUUAAUUUUGGAACCUUCGAUUCGAUAAAACGCCAUACAAGUAUACAUUGUAGUUCUUUGCAUGCAGAAAUAAAGCAAAUUGGUGAGUAUCAUUUGACUGAAUCAC